UUAGCCCCUGAAUUAAUCAGAGCGAUUGCUGUCUGGGAACAAAAAGCAGAUAUUCUCUGUCAGGGUCCCUUAAUCUUUUCUGAGUACUGGCCCUCCUGAGAGUACAGUAGAAGCUAUGAAUCUUCCCCCUACAAAAAAGCACUCAUGUACCUUGAAACAAAAUUGUUCUCAGUUUCCGCGAUGCUCUUAGAUAAAAAAAUUUACAAGGCCUCCUGCUUCUGGUUUCUGGGGCCCCACACAAGUGUGCUGGGUGGAGAGAAAAGCUCAGUGGUUUUUUUUAUUUUUUUCUCUAACCCUGUUUGGUUAGUUCCGUUUUUAGCUCCGGCCUCUUUCUAGCCAGGCUCUCAACUGUCUCCUGCGUUGCUGGGAAGAUCUGGAAGGAAGCAUGUGCUCCAUAGGUUGGGAUUCGUGUCUGGCUCUGGAAUUGCUACUGCUGCCUGUGUCACUCCUGGCGACCAGCAUUCAAGGUCACUUUGUACAUAUGACCAUGGUCUCCGGCAGCAACGUGACUCUGAACAUCUCUGAGAGCCUGCCUGAGAACUACAAACAACUAACCUGGUUUUAUACUUUUGACCAGAAGAUUGUAGAAUGGGAUUCCAGAAAAUCUAAGUACUUCGAAUCCAGAUUUAAAGGCAGGGUAAGACUUGAUCCUCAAAGCGGUGCACUGUACAUCUCUAACGUCCAGAAAGAGGACAACAGCAUCUACGUUAUGAGGGUGUUGAAAAAGACUGGCAAUGAGCAAGAAUGGAAGAUCAAGCUGCAAGUGCUUGACCCUGUACCCAAGCCUGUCAUCAACAUUGAGAAGAUAGAAGACGUGGAUAACAACUGUUAUCUGAAACUGUCGUGUGUGAUACCUGGCGAGUCUGUAAACUACACCUGGUAUGGGGACAAAAGGCCCUUCCCAAAUGAGUUCCAGAACAGCGUGCUUGAAACCACCCUUAAGCCACAUAAUUACUCCAGGUGUUAUACUUGCCAAGUCAGCAAUUCUGUGAGCAGCAAGAAUGGCACGGUCUGCCUCAGUCCACCCUGCACCCUGGGUAAGAAGGACCUCUGGGAGCUGAGGGGGGCACAGGGUAACUGGAGUUCUUUUGAACGAAGAAAGGCUGGGUGUCCUACUCAGCCUCCUUGCACAGUGUGGUGGUGAAUCCCUAAGGUGUCUGGGAGAGCUGGGAGAUGUGGGUUCUGCCACCAGCUCUACCACUACUUCCCAGCCAGCUCACCUCAACUUUGUGGGGCUCAGUGUCCUCACCUGCAAAGGACGUUUGGCAGAGAUCUCUGAUACGCCUCUUCCCUCUCCCGCUCUAACAAAGCAUAGUCCUACCAUCUGAUGCCAGGGUCAUCGUAGAGUAGUCUGAAACAUCAGGGUGAGCAGGGAGAAGGAAGGGCAAGUGGGCGAGCAGCUGUCUAGAGGGGCUUCUUUAGACAGCCGAAGUCAGCCAAGGAAAGAGGGAGCGAGGAGACGGGUCUGAGAGAGGCCAUCGAGCAGGCGUGACAGCCUGAGCCUCAGGUGAAGCUUCUCCUCCCCAGGCUGGCGUUCCUAGAUGAAGUUAGGAAGCCAAUUUCCCCUGUCUCCUGGGAGGAUCCACUCAUUGGAGUGUCACACCUGGCUCUAGAUCACGCCUACACUGGUGCUAGCAUGGGACAGCUAAGGCUGUAGGUUUUACAGUCAGUCAUACCUGGGGUCUAGGACUGUCACUUACUAGCUAAACAAGUUACUUAGCUUCCCCAAGUCAUGCUCUUCCUAAAUAAAGGACAAAAUAACAGUUCUUAUCUCGUGCUAAGGAUUCAAUGAGACAAGACACGUAACCUAUCACAGUGGCUGACAAGUCCUUAGUAAGCAGGAGCUAAAUGAGAUAUAGUCUUUUAGAGUUUUGGAGACCCUUAAUAAACUUGGAUCAAUAUCUCCAGCACUCUGGGCCCCCUACCCUCCGCAAUCCUGAAGUCAGAUCCCUGAGCCCUAGCAUACACAUUCUUCUAGAAUAACUCAGACCUGAGGUGCUCACGUUCACCUGUGACCCCUGUCAUGCCCAGUCAUCAGGGAUCCUGGCCUCUGAGAACGCUGCUGUUUUGUGGUCUUCCUGGGCUCUGUUUACCCUCCUUAUCUGCACUGAUUUCUUUAUCUCUACUCCCACAUGUGGACUACGGAGACUGUAUGCUCUUCCUUAUUCUUCGUAACUAAUUGGCCCUGUCUCUACCAGCCUCUCCUGAUAUGCCCUGCUCUUCUGCCACCACAGACCCACUGUGACAGUUUGGUAUCUGACCAUGAGAACACAAUUUGGCUGGUGGUUCAUACACCACCCUCAUCAAUAUCACAUCCUGAGAUCCAGAAAAAGGAAGAAGCACAUUCCCUGUCCUCUAUAAAAUGGGCGUGACCGUUCAUCUGAAGAGAGGAUAAAAGCAAUAAUAAAUCCAUUUUUUUUGGAAGGAUAAACCCUUCUGUCAUUUUUUAGUCACCCAAAUUAUCCUAGAAAGCCCCCUCAAACUCCCUUCCCUAUUGUAUCACUCAUUCCUUUUUUGUUUUGAUUUUCUCCAGCUCAGCCCUUCCCCACCCCAGCAUCUAAGCUUUCCUUCUAUCCUUUUUCUUUUUCUUUCCUUUUCUGUGUUCCUUUCUCUUCCCUUCUUCCUCCUAGUUGGUGCAGAUACUUAGUGGGGUGGAGAAACAAGGAAAGGAAAUGGUCCUUUUCUCUCUAAAGUCAGCUGUGCAUUGUAUCAUGGGGUCAUCUGUCUGUACCUGAAGAUCUACCCUACCUCGUUGAUGUCCAGAGUAGGGGAGCAAUGCUUUCCCAGGUCACAGAUAUGUCGAGGUAACCUUUGAGCACAGGACCCAGGUAAGCCAGUGAUAUUUAAGGAAUUUCUGCACUUUUUAGAGUUUAUGUUUGGGGAGAUUGAGGAAAAGAAUGUCCCAGGCAAAUAGGAUGGGAUUCAGGGAAGAAACUCAUUCCCCUGCUCUGUGAGCUCCCACAUCAGUGUCCAGUACCCUUGCCCCUUCUCAACACAUUAGUCAAAAUAAAGAUACCUAAGUGUAUAGGGUUUUCUUGCUCUUUCAGCCCGGUCCUUUGGAGUAGGAUGGAUUGCAAGUUGGCUAGUGGUCACGGUGCCCACCAUUCUUGGCCUGUUUCUUACCUGAGAUGAGCUCUUUUAACUCAAGCAAAACUUCGAGGCCAGAAGAUCUUGCCUGUUGGUAACCAUGCUCCUCACCAGGACAGAAACUGUAUAGGCUGACCGGAAGUGUGCUACUGAAUUAUCAACGAGGAUUUUCAAGUUAACUUUUAAAAACCGUUAUUAUUUAAUUUUCUAUCCCUUUGUUGUUUUCUAGUACACAUAUAGAGAUAUAGAGAUAUGCAUGCUUUUUUCCCACCAAAAAUUGUGACAACAUUAUGUGAAUGCUUUAUUAUUUUUUAAAAUAAACAUUUGGCCGGCCUUCCUUCCUUCUUUCCUUCCUUCCUUCCUUUCUUUUUCUUUUCUUCCCAGGCUGGAGUACACGCGGCUCGCUGCAGACUCCCUGCAUCCGGCUCCCGUGGUUCUCCUGCCCUGGCCUGCGGGCUGCCUGGUAUUGCUGGCGCGCGCCAACACCCCUCCCUGCUUUUUCUCCUUUCGCUGGAGGCGCAGUUUCGCCAUGUCGACCAGGCCGCUCUCCAGCUCCUGACCUCCGCUGGUCUCCCCGCCUCGGCCUCUAGAGGUGCUGGGACUGCAGACGGAGGCUCGCCCACUCGGUGCUCGGUGUUGCCCGGGCUGGAGUGCGGUGGCGUGGUCUUGGCUGGCUGCAGCCUCUGCCUCCCAGCCGCCUGCCUGGGCCUCCCAGGGUGCUGGGAUUGCAGCCUCUGCCCGGCCGCCGCCCCGUCUGGGAGGUGGGGAGCGUCUCUGCCUGGCCGCCCAUCGUCUGGGUUAUGAGGAACUCCUCUGCCCGGCCGCCCCGUCUGGGAGGUCUACCACAGAGGCCGGAAGCAAUGUGGGGGCUGGACGUGGUGGCUCACUUCUGUAGUCCCAGUACUCUGGGAGGCCGAGGCGGGUUGAUCACUUGAGGCUAGGAGUUCGAGACCAGCCUGGCCAACAUGGCGAAACAUAUGAAAAAUACAACUGACCGACCAACCAACCAAGCGACAACAAAACAGGUCUACCCUGGAGUCAUACUCUAAUUUUUUCUAUUUUCCUCCCUUUCCGAUCUUUUAUCCCACUUUCUUUUUCCUCCUCUUCCUUCUCCUUCUUCUUUGUCAAAUAGAGGACUGAGUUAUUAUCAUUGAUCCAUACAAAGUCCCUCUCUCAUUUAUUUUCUUUAAUUCCCACCCCCCAUUUCUAUUCCGUCUUCCCAUGUGCAACCUUCCUAAUAUGUUUGAUAUGCAUCUUUUUGUUUGUAUGUGCUUUUAGAAAAUGUUUAUUGUUUUGUGUGCAAAAAAAAAUAAAUAAAAAUUGAAUAAAAAAAA